GGGGGUUUUUAUGUCAGCUUCUAUGUUUUCCUUCCAUUAUUAGUUAGAUAAUUAUUUGUUACCAUUAUACAUCAUAGAAUGGAAAAUUCUUAAUCUGCCUGUCUGCAUUAGUAUCAUAAUGUGCCAUGUAUAUAUUUAUGUACGUAAAAUACCUUCUCUGAAUGCUUGGCAUUUUCUCUUGCAGUCACGUGAGGUGGAAAACUGCCCAUCUCUAAUCUUUAAGGACAUGAUUACAAUACUGCUUUCUGUUUUGGACAUGUAUUUUAAUACUGCUGCAAUCAUUGCUUUGUAGCAGCUGGCGUAUACUGAACAUGUGUUGUCUUGACUCCUGUGGUUUGCAUAUUUCAAGAUACAGUUGGUAACUAGAGCCAGUUCAGUUAUUUGCUUCCUUCCCUGUCUGAGAAGCUUUGGUAUUAUUUUUAUCACUACAUCAUUAUUUUUCUUGUGUCUUCAUAAAGAAACCUGAUGGUUCUUAUGGCAGUGGUGAGAUAUGACAGUGUUAAUUUAUUUUCAUUAGGCCAGGUAAAUAAGUAAAUCCAGCCUGGCAUGGAAUAAAAAUAUUUUCUUAUUUACCUAAACUUAAAAUAAUAACAAGGAGCAGAAUAACAAUUUAACGUUAAAUUUUUAAUUGCUUUGUCCCAGUCUUCAGCCCCAUCCUUAAAAGCAUGAGAUCAUCCUCUAUAGGGAAAUGUGUAUUCUACUUGACAGAACAUGACAUCACUGCAUUACCUAAACCAAGAUGAGGCAAUUCUUAGUAGUCUGUUAGAAUCAGCACCAGCUGAGCAUUGCUGUUACUCUGACUAGUGCUUUAGAGCAGAAAACAUAACUGCUGGUUAAAACGUACAUUUGAGUGCCUAGUAACAAAAAGGAUAUCUCUUUGUGGAUGUCUUUUGUUCUUUAAAAAAGUGCAGGUGAAUUGGUGCUCAGAAAUUGAUGGAUAUUAAAGUUUUCAGGGAAUUUCCUGUGUGCUGCUAAUUUAUGUGAUAACAGUUCUUAAGUCUGGAAUCAUUUUGUGAGCAAGAAAAUAUCUCAUUUACAUCAGUGCUCCAAGAUACAAGGACGUAGUAUUCAGAGUAACUAGAUCUGACAAUUGAGAGCCAUAAUGGCAGACACAGGAGAUGGCCCACAUUCAGGGGAAGAUCUGGCAGACGCAAAAUCUAUUCCUAGAGGUUCCAAAGGAAAGAACCUAUCUGCUAGCAAGUCCAUGGACUCUGGAAUUGUGCCGGACCACAGUUACAGAAUGGAUUAUCCAGAGAUGGGGGAAUGUGUAAUAAUAAACAAUAAGAACUUCCACAGAAAGACUGGGAUGUUAGCCCGUUCGGGUACAGAUGCGGAUGCUGCAAGUGUCAGAGAAGUUUUUAUGAAGCUGGGGUAUAAAAUAAAGAUCAACAAUGAUCUUUCAUGUGUGGACAUUUUUGAACUAUUGAAACGUGUUUCUGAAGAAGACCACAGCAACCGAAGCAGUUUUGUUUGCGUGUUGCUAAGCCAUGGUGAUGAAGGAGUCAUCUAUGGUACAGAUGGCCCUCUUGAACUGAAAGUACUAACAAGCCUUUUCAGAGGUGACAGGUGCAGAAGUUUAGCAGGAAAACCCAAGCUCUUCUUCAUUCAGGCUUGUAGAGGGACAGAAUUAGAUUCUGGUAUUGAGACAGACAGUGGAUCAGAAGAAACGAUGUGUCAGAAAAUACCUGUAGAAGCAGAUUUCCUCUAUGCAUAUUCCACAGCUCCAGGCUAUUACUCCUGGAGGAAUGCAGCUGAGGGCUCCUGGUUCAUUCAGUCACUUUGUAAAAUGCUGAGGGAACAUGCAAGGAAACUUGAACUCAUGCAGAUUUUAACUCGUGUAAAUCGCAAAGUAGCAGAGUACGAGUCCUUCUCAACUCGGCAGGAUUUUAAUGCAAAGAAACAGAUUCCAUGCAUUGUCUCUAUGCUUACCAAAGAAUUUUACUUCCCUUCGUAAAAAAAAAAAAAAAUCACCUUGUAAUUUUUCA